GAAACCAUCGUGCUGUUUGGAUGUUCUUGUCGCAUUAUCAGGAUUUUCCAAAACUUUUAUUUUGGACCUGACGUACGAUAGGUUGAGGUAAUCACUUUUUAUUCAGUUGUGAUCGGAAAGUGAACAUUGGAGAGAAUUGUUAAAUUCUCGCAUCCUUCCUUAAAGAUUUUUACGACGUCUCCGUCAACCAUAAUUUAAAAAGGAAAACAUCAAUGGGGUCUGGCGGUGGUGGUUCAAUUAGUUGGGGACAGAAGUUGUCUUUCGGUACGGGUCAUGUUCUCAACGAUUUGUGCGCUAGCGUCUGGUUCAGCUACCUUCUUGUUUAUCUUCAGUACGUCCUGCUGAUCCCUAGUGGGCUUUCCGGCAUUAUCUUGCUCAUUGGCCAAAUUGCUGAUGCCAUAGCGACUCCGCUGGUGGGCAUUCUAUCCGAUCACGGUCAGUGUUGUUGCAUCGGCGGACAAAGGCUGUGCAAUUAUGGAAAACGGAAAAUAUGGCAUCUUAUUGGUUCGAUAUGCGUCAUCGUUUCGUUCCCGCUCAUGUUCGUUGGUUGCAUGGGCUUAUGCGAGCACUCAAAUGGCAUUGGCUACUUAGUCAUCCUUAUAGCUCUUGUCUGCCUCUUUCAGUUUGGCUGGGCAGCUGCCCAAAUUUCUCACCUUGCCAUGAUUCCCGAACUGACACACGUUGAGGCGGAACGGGAUGAGCUCAAUAUCAUCAGGUUUUCGUUUGAUAUCAUCACGGAUAUAUUAGUAUACGCCAUUGCGCUCAUCAUUUUUUCACAGAGCAGCCAUAAUUUGUCCCAAGUCACAACUGAAAGCGGCAUUGACUUUAUGAUUUUAGCGUUAUCAAUUACUGGCAUCGGAAUCAUCUUUACGGUCAUCUUUCACGUUGGUGUUGACGAAAAACCCAUCAAAAUUGAAAGACCUGCAGCCAUAAUGGGCACAGCAGCCGUUUCGUUGAAAACUCAGUGGCUGGGGUGGUUUUACAACUGGCAUUUCUAUAGGGUUGGAAUCUUGUACACUGCAGCCCGACUAGCUCACAACACAUCUAUUGUUUUUGUGCCACUUUAUCUACAAGAAACUCAACAAUCAGCAGAAAUGUUGGCUUUGAUUCCUCUGGUGAUGAACAUCGCUGGCCUCCUCGGUUCCGGUCUCCUCAAAAUCACUAUCAAACUGUAUGGCAAGAAAGCUUCUUACGCAAUGGCUUCUCUUAUGGGAUUGAUCAGUUGCAUUUGGCUCGUCAUCGACACAAACUUGUCGGAAAAUGCAACAACAUUGGAUCCCUUGUUGGGACCACCUUCUUCGGACAAUGCACAAUUUUACUUGCUGGCUUCAAUGAUGGGUGGUGGGGCUGCUAUGGUAGUUAUCUUGUCUCUCACGUCCGCUGCUGACCUGAUCGAUAGCAAUACGGAAACGUCAGCAUUUGUCUACGGUUGCAUGAGCUUCUGUGACAAGAUGUCUAGUGGUAUUGUCGUUGCUGUUAUCCAGGGAUUGCAUAGUUGGGUUUGCCAAGAAGGUUGUACUUAUUUCUAUGCCCAGGUGCUCAUCUACGGUGUUGGUAUUCCUUUCAUCUUUGUCAUAAUAACGAGCCUGUUGGGACCCAAAACACAAAGUGAGCAACACGAAGGGAGAAACGUGAAGAACUAUGGAACUUGUCGGACCGAAGAGGCGACGUCGUUGAUCGAAUAUGUUCACUGAACAAAGCAAUAAAUUUAUUUCAACUUCCAAGAAUAAUUUACUCGUGCAACAUUCAAACUUAUUAUCCAUUAUCCAAUGUCAUUUGCCUUAUUUUUUUUUUCUUUCAUAAAGUAUGAAUUAUUUCAUGCUGAUCAACAACUUUGCUAGGUGCACAUGACAGAUGUUUCCUUCUGCAAACCGAUAUUGCCAUAUUUUGAAUAAUGGUUUUUUUUUUCCGGAAGGCCAUUUAAUCUUCUACUUCUUUAUAGGUUCCAACUUGGUUACUGUUUAUUACAGUAAUUUUCUGGUAGGGAUUUUGCCUAAAUGAUUUAUUAUUACCGCCACAAGUGACAAGACCGUAGGCACAGUAAUCUGACAGGCGACCAGCCUAUUAAACGAAAAAUGUCCCCAAUCGCAAUUGUAUAGGGUAGUAUAGGCCGAAUGUAAGCGCAGUAGUAGUAUGUGGAAGAACACGACGAUACAAAUUACUAUGGCACCCAAACACUCAUCCAUAUGAGCUGGCAUCCUUACAUCAGUCAACGAUGGGUCAUGUUGCGUGCUGUGCGCGUCUUGGACUAACCCAACACAAACCAUUUGUCAAAAACAAAAACAAAAAAUGAAGCUGAUUAUUCUCUUUUCCAACAAACAUAAAAACAAAAAAGAGAAAAAGAAAUAGAAACAAAGGAAGAGCAAGCUGCUCAAAGCUCAGACAUCUAUAAUCAUCUAUCAGCUAGAACUUUUCACGAGCAAAGUGAGUCUUCUAUGUUGAAAUUUCGAUUGUAAAAUACUGAAGGCAUUGAACGUUAAGAUCCUUGUGUUACAGACCCAAACAUUUAAACAUAAAGAAAUAUGAAAAAUAACCAACA